GUCCCAUUUCCCACGUUGACAGCCAUCGACGACUUCACUCGCAAAAUGGAUCCACCCACGACCACCGUCUCUUCGACACCCCUCGAUGCAGCGAGAAGGGAUAAGCAGCAACCCCCUCCGGAAACGAAGGAGAGCAUUUGGCUCCGACGGGCUGCGAUACUCUCCUUCUGGGCUGUUGUUGUUCUCCUGGGACUGCCCGUAUGGCUCAAGACGACUGCCAUUUACAGGGCGGAGCUGCCGCUGCAACACAUGACGGACUGGGCCGAAGGCAAGGUCUGCAAGCCAGUUUUCCCCCUGCGCAUCGCCGUCGAGUCCCCAAUUGCCUCUCCAGAUGGACUGCAUCUGGUUCGGAUGACACAGCAUGCGCUCGACGAUCUCAAUGAAUUCCCCGCGCAUCACCUCCGUCUCAUGCUCUCUGAUGCGCCCCUCCUGUCGAACGCGUCACAACAAGUCGUCCGCGAUGGGACGACCAUGAAGAGCGACGAUAAAGAUGUGGCUUUGGUUGUUCGGUUGAUACCUGUGGAGACGGGCGCAACGCCGCGAUCGCAGCUGCGGACACACUCGCCUACUCUAGAUGUAUAUUACUCGCCGAACCAGAUGCCUCUACAAUCCUCGACAGGCUCGCCUCUUGCGACCUUUGUGGCACAAGAGCUGCACAAGAUCUUCGCUGAAGAACAGGCACAGCUGGCACACCUUUUGUCUACCUCCGGUGUACAUGCCGCCAAUACCAGAUUGCUGUCUCCCGAGACCUCCGCGGAGCUUCAACGCCAGUCGACAAGGGCACUCAAGUAUGCUCCAACAUACCACCUGACCUUCUCGUUGUUCAGCCCGACAUACGCUCCUUCAGCAUGGGACGUCGACGCUGCCCUUCGGCACUAUCUAGCCCCAUUGCUUGAAUCUUUCUCAGCCAUCAGCAACUUCACCGUUGACACCCAAGUCCAACUCUACGCUACCUCCUCGCCUUCUAUUCGCCAACCUGAAUACGACGAAGAUGCUAAGGCCUGGAUGCUGCGCAAGGAAGACCUCAGCGGCUUCAUCAACGCUGCUGAAUGGCCUCUUAGUCCUAGCAUCGGCGAGGGACCGACUGUCAAUUUCAUCCUCUACGUGCCCGACAAGGAUCAAUCCCCACUCCUGGUCAAGGAGAAUGCGGGAACUAGCUGGCUUGUUCCUCAGUGGGGUGGUGUUCAUAUCUUGAACCUCGAACAUGAGUCAAGCACACCAUCUGCGUUGACGGCGGCUGCGCUCGCACCUGCUAUGCACACGUUUUCGAACCAACUCAUCUCGCUUUUUGGCUUACCACAAACUCCUGCUUCGCUGCCACUUCGAAUAUCGACUCUCGAACGCGUGCGGGCAGCCUCCCUCAUCUUUUCGGCUUCUUCAACUCUGGGCGCACUAGCUCAGGUGUAUCAGAAGCUUCCCUCGAUUCCUGUGCCUGACAACGUCGCUCAAUCGGCUGAUCUUACCAUUGUCCAUUUGCAGCAGGCUUGUGACUUCCUUCGGGAGGGUCGCUUCCAGAAUGCUUUGGAGCAUGCUCGAGUUGCUGAGAUCGAGGCCGAGAAAGCAUUCUUCGAGCGCUCUAUGGUUGGUCAAGUCUACUUUCCAGAUGAGCAUAAAGUGGCCGUUUAUCUGCCUCUACUGGGACCUGUAGCUGUGCCUUUGGUCAUGGCGGCAUUGAAAGAGCUGAAAUCAAUCGUGCCAAGGUGUCGCACUUUAGAAGAACCACGAGUCGAGUUCUUACAUUCGGCUAUGUCUCUUGUAAGACAUAAUUUGAGAUGCACGCAAAACCCCGCAGCGGGGGGAGCCACAUCUCCCCGCAUUGUGGUAUUAAGACCCGCCCAUUGCCUUGCAUUCUAUCGAGCGUAUUCUUCAAUUGUCAUUGAAGCACAUCCAUCUCACGCAAUGCCUCUCUCUGCUCAGGGUAUCCAGAGUGUCAAAGAUGUCCUUGACGACGCAGUACUAAAAGAAGGUUUAACCGGCUGUCCAGGCCUUGUAUUCCACGCCGUCGACAAGUCAGGAAAAACUAUUGCUGAGUAUGCAGCGGGUACUCGAGGUCUGGACUCGAAAGAGCCAAUGGAUCAAGACACAGUGUUUUGGAUCGCUUCCUGCACAAAGCUCGUCACCGGAAUCGCAGUGCUCCAGCUCGUCGAACAGAACAAGAUUCCUCUAGACGAUUCGGAAUUCGUCAAGAAGAUUGCUCCCGAGAUUGCAGAGAAGAAAGUCUACGCAGAUGGUGUUACGCCAACCGACCAGCAAAAGGGCGUCACAAUGCGAAUGCUCUUGUCACACACAGCAGGGUUCGCCUAUUCAUUCAUAGAUGGCCGGGCGCAGACCCCAAAUGGACUUGAAGGCGUUGACGGCAACAAAAGCGACAUACUCGAUUCCAAAAUGGUAAACCAGCCAGGCUCCAUGUGGGAGUACGGGAUCAGCAUGGACUGGGCAGGCAUCAUCCUCGAGCGUGUCUCCGGCCAAACCCUAGGCGACUACUUCGCCGAGCACAUCUUCGCGCCCCUGGGUAUCUCCCCCGAAAGCGCAUCCAUGUUCCCCUCCAAGCAGACGCAAAAGACGCUCGCACACAUGCACCAGCGCAACUCCACGUCCGGCCAGCUCGAAAAGCGCUCGCACCUCUACAGCGGACCCCUCAAGAAGGAAUACACAAAAGACGAGAAGAAAGACUUCCUCCAAUCCGGCGGCGCAGGCCUCUUCGCAAAACCAAACCAGUACACCAAGAUCCUAGCCGCUAUCCUGAACGGCGGAACGAGCCCGCAAACAGGCAAGACGAUCCUGAAGAAAGAAACUAUCGAUCUGAUGUGGGAGAAUCAGAUUCCGGACCAACCAAACUUCGCCCGCGGUGGCCCCCCACCCGCCAAACCCGAGCUCCUCGCGCAAACCCCCGAAUUCUACCCCCAGCCCAACGACCCCGCACAAGGCUGGGCGUUCGGCGGCUUUCUGACCAUCGAGCCGGGCCCGUCGGGGCGCGGCGCGAAUACCCUGUGGUGGAUGGGGCUGGCGAAUUGCUUUUGGUGGGUCGAUCGCGAAAAGGGCGUUGCGGGGAUGCUGGCCAGUCAGGUGCUUCCGAAUCCUGACCCGAAGGUUGUUCCUGCUUGGUUUAAUUGCGAGAAGGCUAUUUAUGAUAAUUUGGAGUGAGGAUCAUUCUGGCUGAGGGGAAAUGCGGUGUGGUGCGGUGCGGUGCGGUGCGGUGUGGCAAUUCAGUCUCAGAGAUGAGAUUACUUGAAACGAUUUUGUUCCUGAGCGCUGAGUUGUCUUGAUCUUUCACUGUUCAACUACACCUUUCCUGACUGCCCAUCACACCAACAAUAUCAAUUUGCAGAACAUCGAGGUACAAACGCACAACGUGGUGACAGUGACGGUGGCGGGGGUGGGGCUUAGUUACUUCCGACAUACCUAUUUUCGCCCGUUGGACAACACGAAAACACGAAAUGUCAGGAUUUGCCAUGUAUGUUCUUAUAUUUUGUGUAAAGCAUGACA